AAGAUUAAGCCCAACCACCAAAACUCUCAAUCAUCUCUAACUCUCACUCUCAGCAGAUUAACCAGAAACUCAAAAUUCCCCUCAAAAACUCCAUUUUUGAACUACAUCAACAAUAAACUUGCACAGAAACAAAAAAGCUAUGGCGAAUUGUUUGCAGGUACCAAUGGCUUCUUGCUCAAUUUCAUCCUCAGUUAAUUCAGGAAGACGAAAUUUCACAACAUUUUGCUCCAUGAAUCCUAGAAAUAGUGUUAAAAUGCCGAUUCCUCCAAUUAACCCUAAAGACCCGUUUCUUAAGAAACUCGCUUCAGUUGCUGCUAAUUCUCCCGAAACGUUUCUUAAUAGGCCUCUCGAUUCUGAUACUCCGCCGUAUUUAGAUUUGUUCGAUUCUCCUGUACUCAUGGCUACUCCUGCUCAGGUGGAAAGGUCUGUUUCUUACAAUGAGCAUAGGCCAAGGAGGCCUCCACCUGAUUUGCCUUCCUUGCUGCUUCAUGGGAGAAUAAUUUACAUUGGGAUGCCGUUGGUUCCUGCUGUCACCGAGCUUGUGAUUGCAGAAUUGAUGUACCUACAAUGGAUGGAUGCGAAGGAGCCUAUAUAUAUCUAUAUAAAUUCUACUGGUACGACCCGAGAUGAUGGUGAAACGGUUGGUAUGGAAACUGAAGGUUUUGCUAUCUAUGAUGCGAUGAUGCAACUAAAAAAUGAGAUACACACAGUUGCAGUAGGGGCCGCUAUAGGUCAGGCUUGUCUGCUUCUUUCCGCUGGAACCAAGGGAAAGAGGUUUAUGAUGCCGCAUGCUAAAGCCAUGAUUCAACAACCUCGUGUACCAUCAUCAGGACUAAUGCCAGCAAGUGAUGUUGCAAUCCGUGCAAAAGAGGUAAUUAUAAACAGGGACACUCUCGUGAAGCUUUUGUCUAAGCACACAGAAAAUUCUGAGGAAACUGUUGCUAGUGUGAUGAGAAGACCAUUUUAUAUGGAUGCAACCACAGCCAAAGAAUUUGGUGUCAUAGACAAGAUUCUUUGGCGGGGUCAAGAGAAAGUUAUGUCUGAUGUUGCUGCUCCUGAGGACUGGGACAAGAAUGCUGGAAUCAAAGCUAUUGAUGCAAUUUGAAGUUUUUAUGGGCAUCAUCUAUAUUGUUUUGGUAUUAUCUGCAUAUAGCAUUGGCAGAUCGUGACAUAUGAGACGAUGGCUUGUGCUAGCAAUGGGCUUGUAUCUAGGGGGGUGAGUCUAAACAACCAAGAUCCAAUAAUUAAAGCGACGAGAUCACCUUGUAAAAGCCAUACACUAUUUAUAUUAUGACGAUGACUAUGUAAAUUGCAGAUUGAUCUGAAGUUAAGCCAUGAUGGUGAUAGUAAGUUGUUACAGUUUCUAACGUUGGGAUUUUGGAACUUAGAGGUCAUUACAAAGUUUAUACUGAAUUUGUAGAUCAUGAACAAUUUGCACUAAUGUGUAUAUGGUAAAUGAUACCUCUCAAUGGCGUUAACGUUUA